UUCGGCCGAUUGCUUACGGAGAAGUAGGGCUUUGGGAAAUGUCCGUGAAUCCUUCAGCUACGCAAGAUUGACCGAUGAGCCACGUUCUACUUGUCAUGAUGCGCCCUUUUAAGCUUGUUUAGUGAUCGUCUCGGCAGUUGACUCACGUACAAGCCCACGCAGCAUCAGCCCUGGAUUUCCGAAAACAAAGAUCGUCCUGAAACGUGACACCCUCAGAAUGAAUCCUUUGGGUGUGUUGGGCUACGUCGUCCAAUGGUUUUUCUACGCAGGGCUCUACGGAUAUCAAGAUUAUUAUCCAUUGCUUACUGCACUGCGACACGUCCGCUCACUCAAACCCUCAACCUCUGAAGACGGAACGGCAGGAAUUCUAGGACGAACGAAUAAUCCAUCGUUUUGGUCGACGAUAUAUCCCAUCAAAGGCUUGGGAACAUGGCUUGUUGGCGCGGCUGCAAGAUCCGUUCUCGAGUUCUACCUUCACAAGCUUGUUCCGGCCUUCCUUAUGAAAUGCGUCACAACGAUUAUCAUCGCACCUCUGAAGUUCCUCUGGAUUCGAUCGAUCAUGUCCGAUUAUUCUAUAUCUCUAGAGUCGAACAUCAGACUUCUUCGUUGCGUCACAGCUAAGCAGUGGUUUCACUUCAUCGGUACCUUGUUAGCUUGCAACGUUGUCGAUGAGAUACCAGACCUUGUCGUCAAGCUCGGCCUGUUGUUUCUGUUAGCAAACGGUGUCGAUGUUGUUGAGGAAUGGUCGAAGGAAAAUACCACGACGAUCGGGGUGAUACUUAUUGGCGUUUUCUUUACGUUGAAGAUCAUACACGCGGCGAUUGGGGUUCCGGAGACGGUGGCGGGUGUCGAAGCUGCUCCUGAGAUAGAUGAGAAUGGGGAAGGCAGGAGUACACACGAACUCUUGGUGGAUAUCAAGACGUCGUUGAAAAGCAUGACCUUUUCAUUGUGGUUCCGAUUCGUGGCUUACCAUUGCAUCGCUUUCGGCAUGGCUCGCAUUGCAUCUGCUGCUGGAAUCUUGGGCGAUAUUGAAGUCAACAUUAGUUGGAAAGACCCUCUGUAGAGUCAGAAACACGACGGUAUAUCCUCUUGCUCAUGCCACCUGUCAUUUAUCUGCAGAAUCAGGAUACAGUGCAUUUACCGCCCCCCCUCUUCACCUCAUCCAUCAACAAUUUAAACUCCAGGUUAUCCUCCCCAUUCUCAAGACGUUCCAGAUUAACUUCAUGAUCAGGAUAUAUAGAUCCAUACUUCUCAUCCAACCAUCCAUACGGCCAGAUACAAAGCCCUUCCUCCUCUUUUGCUUUCCUUCUCCAACUCUUAAUCUUAUCAUCCUCAUCGGCCGGUGGCACAUAAACCUCGUCACCAUAGUAAUCCCCUUCAUCUUCCGUAAUAGGUCGUUCCUUGGUCGGCACGCAUACAACCUCCGCUGGUGCUCUCAGAGCCUGACGUGCAGCUCUCCAUAGAUCAGCCCACUUUGGUGCAUCGUCGCCAUUGGGGUCGGAAGUAAAUGCCACGCAUUCCGUGACGCAGAGUUUAGACAGGGUGCCGUUUGUUGCUUUGAGGUAAUCUUUCAGCACGGAUGUUACUGCUAUACCGUCUACGUGCAGUGACCGGAGGGAGGGCAUGCAACCAGGAGGUAUGUACAACGAGCCUUCGCCCCCCAGAAAGCCAUCGUCGUGAGUCUUGAGUUUAAAGUAUUCCAGCGCGUUCGCAUGAGCGAGAACGGUCGUUGGCAGUUCGUUGAAGAAAGCGUGAAAUCCGGGUAAUGUAUUAGCCUGCCAGCCGGCGCCAUUGUUUCCACCGUACGUAUUGAGAGUCAACUUCUUCAACCGGCCGAGAAACUCGGGCCACUCUUUCUCCUGCCAGGACGAGGUUUUUCGCGGGAGAAAGUUUUGAAUCGUAAAGUCAUCGACUGCCGAAAGUGUAGCGAUGUCACUGUACAUAUCCCGCAAAGCCGCGCGCCAUGAGUACCUCUCUUCUUUCCGCUUGACUUCCUCCCAGUCUUCAGGUUCGCAGCAGAAGUAGAUGUAGUUGUUGGCGAUAUCGUUGUUAUCCCAGUCUGCAUCCACUUCAAAGUCUUGUUCGCCGUUGGUGUGAAGAGUCAAGGCUCUGCAGCGUGGCAGUCCCUUGAACUGGAUGAGAUCCCGGAUGAUUGAUGUGUCUUCUUCUUUUCGAGCCCAGACUGAAGCAGGAGGGUUUGUCCAGUACCAUUUGGGUCCAGCGUCUGAGUCACUGUCGCUGUCUUUGUCUUCAUCGUCAUCUUCCACAUCAUCUUCAUUGUAAUGUUCGAUGACUCCUUCAGACUCUGAGUCAUGAUCGGACUCUUCAUCGCCGUUAUCUUCCUGAUUCUCCGACAUAUCCACAUCGGAAGGCUCAUCCUCACUCUCCUCUUCCACUUCUUCGAUCGAUUCCUCUUCCGUCUUCUCAGGCAUCUCGUUAGGGUAGAAAGUGAUAUUUAGUCUCAGCUCCAGAACAUUCGCUCCAUAUUUAUCGACGAUAGUUGGCAAGAUGUGGUCCUCUGCAAGCGGGCAAUUGAUUUGUAGUACCUUGAAGAGACAUGGCGCCAUCGCGGUCCGAAGCCCGGAAUUGGCCAGGCUGAGGUUCUUUCGAUCAUCUGGCUCAAGAUAAUCCGAGAUACUGAAUAGCCCUUCAGGUGGUAGACUCUCGAGAAAGUGGCCGGGCAUUGUCGUAGUGUGAUCAGAGAGUACUGAGAGAUAUUUUAACCUAAGUAUUGAGAUGCGAAGUUGUCAAGACGAAUUGGGGAUG